GUGUAAAUAACUUUCCUCUCUCACUUCUAUUAUCUUCCUCAUUCAAUUUUUUCCUUUAUUAUUUUUCGUCACUUUUCCAUUUCGUCCGUCUUCUGAAAACACUUCGAAUUCGAAAGGUCAUCUUUCACAGAUUUUCUGAUUCUUGAAAAUGGGUGGAAGCUCAAUAGAAGAUGAUUGGGAAUUUGGUGCUCCGUCUAGCGAAGUUCGGACUGUGGUCCUUGUUGGUCGUACAGGCAAUGGCAAGAGCGCAACGGGGAAUAGUAUUCUUAGGAAAAAGGCGUUCAAGUCCAUGUGUAGCCAUACUGGUGUGACAAGCACUUGUGAGCAGCAUAGUACUGUAUUGGAUGAUGGACGCAUUGUUAAUGUGAUUGACACACCUGGCUUGUUUGAUGCUAAAGCUGAUCCUGAAUUCCUCGGGAAAGAAAUUGUGAAAUGUGUUGAUAUGGCCAAGGACGGGAUCCAUGCAGUUCUUGUGGUGUUGUCUAUUAGAAGUCGCUUCUCAAUUGAAGAAAAGGCUGUUGUUGCAUCCUUGAAGCAGUAUUUUGGCAGCAAUAUUACUGAUUACAUGAUUGUAGUUUUUACGGGUGGUGAUGAGCUUGAGGAAGCUGAAUUGUCUUUGGAUGAUUACUUGGGUCGCGAGGGCCCUGAUCCUUUAUUGGAAAUCCUUAAGCUGUGUAAAAAUAGACGCGUUGUUUUUGAUAAUAAGACAAAGGAUAAGGCGCAGCAAGCUGAGCAACUUAACACUCUUCUUGCCCUUGUGGAUGAUGUGGUGCUACAAAAUGGAGGAAGACCAUAUACUGAUGAGUUAUUUGAUGAAUUGAAGAAAGGAGCCAGGAAGCUUCAUGAUCAAGACGCAGUGGUAAAGUCCUUGGAAGGAUAUUCUAAAAAGGAGAUAUCUGCAUUACAGGAGCAAAUGCAUAAAUCACACGAAGAACAGAUGAAGAGAAUCAUCAUGAUGGUACUUGUUCUGCUUUUAUAUUUAUUUUCAUCGUGCCAAUUAUUUUGUUUUACAGCCAUUCUUCAAAUUCUAAAAUGUCGCCCUGUUAUGGGAUUUAGAAGGGAAUUUACCAAGUUGGUUUGUUCACGUCCAAACUUGAUAUUGUAGGCUUGUAGUAUGUAGCGGUAACGUGGUUGGAGUUUAUGGUAGGUCAGGUCUAUAUGGAUAUAGUUUGUCUUUAUUUAAAGAUUUAGGACAAGUGGCUGAACUAUUUUUUAUCUGUUUUAUAUUGGGCACAAGUCUUUUUUCUUCUUGUUGCCUUCGAGAAGUAAUUUAAGAUUGCUGGCAGAGUCAUUGUUACUAGUUACCACCAAUGGAGGGAAAAAAUGUCUACUUUAGUUUUUGAUGGACUAUUAUACCUUCAUUAUUACUUUAUUUGUGUCAAACGUCAUGGCAUGCAAGUCUGGACAAAUUUUUGGAUUGGAAAGUUGGAAAAUCAUGUGAUGCUGCAAUUCGCAUUGCAGGUUGAGUCCAAGCUGAGGGAGACAACAGCUAGACUUGAACAGCAGUUGGCUGAAGAACAAAGAGCUCGCCAGAUAGCAUUGGCAACUGCAAAAGAAGCUCAGGCAAAGUCAGACGAUGAGAUUCGCAAGUUGAGGGAGCAUUUAGAGAGGGCCCAAAAGGAGAAUGAGGAGUUCCGGAAGCAUGCGGCGAAAUGCGCUAUACUCUGAUGAGUUUGAUUACAUGUGUAUUCUAUUCUUCUCUGGUAUGCGUGAUAGGUUUGAGUGAAUCAAUGACUUGUUGCGUAAUACAUUCAAAACUGAAAAUUGCAUUAUGGUGAUAUAUAUUCGUGGUGUUGCUUCUUCCUGUUGAAAUUCUCAUAUUUAACUUGUAAUCCUAGCUAAUUUUUCAGUCUUUUCUUUUUUUGUUUUUAUUUACUCUUAAACCACAUGAAAACACUUCUUUACUGAUUAAAUAUUACUCUCUCCUUUCCAU